AUGGGCAACUGCAUCCUGGUGAGCCCCAGGAUCCUGGAGAGCGAAAACUCCCUGGACCUGCUGGACAUCAUGGGCAACCUCUCCUAUGAUGACAGCAACAUGACCUCCCUGGACUACGAUGCCGCGCCCUGCCACAAUCAGUACUGUCCCCUCUUCCAGCACGUGGCUCCCACCUUCCUGGCCGUCACCUGCGCUGCAGCCACCCUGGGCACUGGGGCGCUGCUGGUGGCACUGGCCAAGCGGCCCCACGCCUGGGGCUGGCCCCAGAGCCGAGCACUGGUGGCCCAGCUGGCAGUGGGGAUGGGUCUCUUCGCCGCCCUGCUGCCGCCGGUGGCGGUGGGCCUCCGACAGGCACCCCUGCUGCACCUCGCCCUCUGCCUCUGCCUCUUCCUGCUGCUGCCAGUGGUGCUGCUGGUGGCCACACUGGCCAUGCCGCAGCUGAGGGUGGGCUGGGAGGCAGGUGUUGGUGCGAGCUGGCUCUUCUUUGGGCUCUGGGUGCCUUAUGGCGUGGGGCUGGCCGUGGAUUUCCUCCUGCACGCCCAGCUGCUGCAGCCCACCUGCGGCACCUUCGAGCACUUUGACUACGUGCUGGGGCUGAGCGAGGGGCUGGGGGUGCUGCACUGCUGCCUGGGGCCCGCAGCGCUGCUCGCCGCCCGGCUCUGCCGCUGUAGGGCAGGUGCCAGCAGCAGCUGCUGA